AGAGGAGUGUGGAGGUGUGACAGUGAUCGGUAUGUACAGGAGAGGAGUGUGGGGGUGUGACAGUGAUCGGUAUGUACAGGAGAGGAGUGUGGAGGGUGUGACAGUGAUCGGUAUGUACAGGAGAGGAGUGUGGAGGUGUGACAGUGAUCGGUAUGUACAGGAGAGGAGUGUGGAGGUGUGACAGUGAUCGGUAUGUACAGGAGAGGAGUAUGGAGGGUGUGACAGUGAUCGGUAUGUACAGGAGAGGAGUGUGGAGGUGUGACAGUGAUCGGUAUGUACAGGAGAGGAGUAUGGAGGGUGUGA